AUGGCUGCUCCAGGCACUCUGUACGACGUCCUGGGCUGCGUCCCCGGCGCCAGCUCGGGGGAGCUGCGCAAGGCGUACCUGGCCGCCCUGCCGACGGCACACCCAGACCGCGGGGGAUCCGCCGAAGCCUUCAGCGCCGUGCAGCGUGCAUGGGCCGUCCUCAGCGACGCUGUGGAGCGGGCCGCCUACGACGACAGGCUGGCGGCGCGGGAGGAGGGCCCGCCGGGGGCUGGUUAUGGACCCCGGGUGGUGCACCAUGGUCAGACCGCCCCUCCGCAGCCGCAGCGGGUGUACCGGCCACCUCCACGUGCCUCAGCACACAGCACGAGUGAGGCGGAGGCUGCCCUGGAUGCAGCCGUCCGGGAGGCGUGCGAGGCAUUUGAGGCUUGCCAUGACUCCCCCCCCGAGCGUGCGGCGGCGGGACAGAGACUCUGCCGAGCGCAUGCAGCGCGCGCUGCACAUGCCGAGGCCGCUGGGCGUCUGCACCAUGCCCUCUUUGAUGCACGAGAGGCCGCCAGGCUUUCGGAUGCUGCCGGGAGGGACGGCCUGCAAGCCUUGAUCCAUCACCUGGAAGGGGCUGUGCACAUGAACGACCUCGGCGGAGGGGAUGAUGAUGACGACGAUGGUGGUAGCCUGGACGGCGCAUGGUAG